GAGGUCAGAGGUCACGCAAACCCGGAAGAUCAACAAAGUAAAUAAAGGAGCGGGAGGUUAGCGACAUGUUCCCCGUUCUGCUGCCCGCAGACAGAGUCCUUCUGACGGCUGCGAGUCUGCUCUGGACCCGCCUCUUCUGCUCCUCUCUGUCGGUACCGGACAUCCCGCACAUCGCCACUUACUUCGGGACGAAGACUCGGUACGAGGACGCGUAUCCGCACCUGCUGCAGGAUGUGUACUCCGUCAACACUUCCGUCCUCAGACCUCCGGCUACGGAGCGCUGCUCCCCGGUCCACCUUACCGCCGUCAUCCGCCACGGCAGCCGCUACCCGACCGCCAAGAACAUCCGCAGGAUCCAGAGACUGAGCGAACUGGUCCGGACCGGAGCGUCCCGGGGCUCCGCGGGCUCCUGGCUGCAGGAGCUCCAGAGCCGCUGGGUCAUGUGGUACACCGAGGACAUGGACGGUCAGCUGGUGAUGAAGGGCAGGGACGACCUCCGUCAGCUGGCCAAGCGUCUCUCUGUCUUAUUUCCGUCUCUGCUGUCAGAGGAGAACGUGAGGAGGAGGAGGAUCACGUUUCUGACCAGCUCCAAACAUCGAUGUGUGAGCAGCGUGGAGGCGUUUCAGGAGGGGCUGCUGCUGCGAGGAGGCGGAGCAAGAGGAGGAGACAGCGAGGUGGAGUACAGUCAUCAGGUGGAUGAUGAGCUGAUGCGUUUCUUCGAUCGUUGCCGUGGUUACGUGGAGGGCGUGGAGAACAACCUCACGGCUCUACAAGAAGUGGAGAAGUUCAAACACGGGGAGGAGAUGGAGGGAGUGAGGAGGAGGAUGAUGGAGAGACUGAGCCUUCAUCAUGAACACCUGACACCAGAUUUGGUUGAAGCAGCUUUCUUCCUGUGUUCAUAUGAGCUGUCAAUCAAAUCUCUUCACUCUCCCUGGUGUUUCCUGUUUGACGAUCACGACGCCAAGGUGUUGGAGUAUAAAUCUGACCUGAAGCAUUACUGGAAACGCUCUCAUGGUCAUGUGAUCAACGGUCUGUCCAGCUGUCCUCUCUUCCAUCACAUCUUCAGGAACCUGGACAAGGCCGGACGUCCCCGCAGGUCCACUGAGGCGUCUCCAGAACCCGCCUCGGUCCUCGUGGGUCACGCUGAGACGCUCCUCCCUCUCCUGUCUCUGCUGGGACUUCACAAGGAUCAGACUCCGCCCACAGCAGACAACUACCACCUGCAGCACGGGCGGAGUUUCCGGGCGAGUCGGAUCGUCCCAUAUGCCGCUAACGUUGUCUUCGUGGUGUACGACUGCGAGCGUGGUCCUCGUCUGCAGCUGCUCGUCAACGAGACGCCAGUUCGAUUCCCGGGGCUGGACACGGAGGACGCACCGCUGUACCGCGACGUCCGCGCCGUGUACCGCCACCUGCUGGACGGCUGCGACUUCCACAAGGAGUGCGAGGGGACCAUGGUGGGCCGUGCCCCCAACAUUGAGCUCUGACAGGUGACUCCGCCCCCCCAACACCAACAGUCCAAUCACAGUUUAGCUUAAAAAAAAAAAAAGACAUUACCAUGACAACGGUGACACUUGAUUGACUGUAACCUGAACUCAGUGAAGCUUUAAGUUUGUUUAUUUAUGUGUGGGGACUUUCACAAUAAAAGCUCUGGUUAGCUCUGGUUUCAAUUUAA